UGCCCAUCGGAUGCACCUUUGGGUUCAACGCGGUAGUUUCUCGCGCGUCAUCGUUCGGUCGUUCGGUCGGUCGGUCGGUUUUUUUUCCCACGGUGUUUCUCGCUGAUUGGCGUUUAAAGUGUGCAGCUGUGCAGUUUUGUAUGCAAGUCGGAAAAAUCGUUACCCACCUGAGGGCCUGGGCGUUCCAGCUGCUGCAGGUGCAGCUGUGUGAUUAGUUGCAAUUUCAACUAACGCUAACUGUUCGGGAUAUUGAUAGUGUUUGUUUGUUUGUUUGUUUGCUGUCGUGGGAGUGUCGUGGCGAGGUCCGGAAUGCGGUCUGCGGCCUCUCGGUUCGAUUUCCUGGCCUGUCGCUAAACUCGCUGAGGCUUGGCCAAAAAGGAUUUGUGAAGUUUUUAAAGGCAGAAAAGGCACCGUAAGUGCCUACGGUUGCUGCUGCUGUUGUGUAUGUGCAUGCGAGUGUGUGUUGACGGAGAUGAGAUGGUUAUUAAAUCGAUGACAUCGGUGCUAGGUGCUGGUAUCUGGUGAUGCUGCGGCUCGGUCGGUGACGAUAAUGGAUGCUUGCUGGUGUAGCAUGUUAUCCCCGGUGAGAGUGGACCUACGUGGUCGUACAUGGUUUUGAAGCUGUCCGGGAUCCUUCCACCGAUUUGACAACGGUCGUUCGAAGUUCGUACACAAAAGUGACAUCGUCGUUCGUGUGACUCUUCUAUAUGAUAACGGUUUGCUAGUGCGUGAAGCCAAUUCUCUGGUUGGUGCUGCCCUGACUCCCCCUCCGACUCGAUAGGAUAUAUUCGGUGUUGUUUGGCGAGUGAGAAAUUUGUGAACAACGUUAUUGCCAUCGUGCGAGCAAUUGGCUGAAUGUGGGCAGUGGCGGCAUAGUGCAUAGUGUGUGCUUAAUAGUGCUGGUCAGUGAACAACAACCUAAUGCUAAACAGAGGAUUAUGUUGGAAGCUUAAAUUUAUCGCGUCGAUUUGUCGUAACCCCGGUCCGAAGCGAAACGGAUGAAGGUGUAAGUGCUUCCCGUAAAGUACAUCCAUUAAACCAAAACAUCCCUGGUAAUGCAGCGAAAGUGCAGUGCACUUGAGCAUAACCCGAAACAAUUUAAAACUUAACCUCGAAUGAAAAACUCCAACUGAGAAUAGGAAGGACGAGAGGGGGUCAAGAAAAAACAAACAAAAAGCCCACCCAUGUUGGUCUCCCCAUCAGGGUGCCAAAAAUGAGACCAAUAACGAAAGCCACUGACAAGAUUGAAAUUAAUUUAUAUUGUGAUUCGGCAGUGGGCCAAGCGAACCCGGGCGACCAAGCGAAGAAAAAAAAGAAGUGAAACGGCGAUAAAAAGUGAUGAAAAUUGAUUGUCCGCGCCAUCAGCCAAUCCGUCUGCAGUGUCAGUCAGCUCAGUGCUGGCAGCAGCUGGUGAAGAACCGCGUCCAAGUGUGCUGCGCGUAGUUGUGCGUGUGAAAUUGGUUGAACUUCCGUCGAACCACAACACCAAACACCAAACCGUGGAUCGCGCAGUAGGCUAACACCGGUGCUCUCCGCUUAAAUGGGUGGUGUUGGUGUUGUUCAGAGAACAGAAAAUUUCGUCCUGUCACCGGUCGCCGGUACUAAGUGAGACGACGACGACAACGACGACGUAGACCCGUACCCGGGGUCGGAAGUGACCGAAAAUAAAACAGUCAGCCAGUUUCCCAUGAACUUCAACACCCCGCAAAACGUCCGCCGUUGACCUGAGUGAAAAAAGUGAAAAUGGAAUACCACCGUAAACAUACGAGCACGGGUAGCAGCAGGUUUCGGAAAAUUUGAUGCAGCAACAGAAACAAAACAAAAAAACAAAACCUGGACCAGCCACCGAGGAUCUCCUAAAAAAAUUAAGCGGUGUUACACCGUAUAAUGGAAAAGUUUCCCGUGGCACGACCGGCCACCGGCUGUCGGAUGCAAACGAUGUCCUCCGCUUGGCUCGUCAGUCAACGGCAUCAGCAGCAGCCAGCUUAUGCAGUGGAAGGAUCGGUUCGGGCCCGCGGCGGCAAGAUUAUAGAAUAAGAAGGCGGCGAAUGAUACAAGCCAGUCCAGCAAGAAAGAGAUAGAGAUAGGGCGAGAGUGAAACAGAACAAACAAGUUAAGAGGUAACUCGGUGAGCGAAAUUUCAAGCGCGAAAUUGCAAGUGAUGGUAUUAUUGGAAUAAUUUAUAAUAAUAUAAUCCACUUUAUUCUUGGCUUGGCUUGUUGAAGUGAAAAGGAAGGAAAUGCGAACAGCGAUGGAAAAAGUUGCCGAAGUGGUAAAAUAGACGUUAUUUUUUUGUGUAGAUCAGCAGCGAAAAAGUUUAAUCACCUGUUUGGAAACAAAAGGCGAAAGGAAUUAGGAGUGUGAGUCUGUAUAUAAAAUAUCAGAUGCAUUUUUUUUGCCCCUCCGCGAAAACAGUUUGAGUUUUGAACACUGAGUGAAAUAUUAGCAAAGUGCGAUCGGAGGGUAAAAGUUUCCGGCCAAGUGCUGGAAUGAAGAAGCUGCUACUGUGAAAGUGAGAGUGACGUUUGAGCUUCGCCUCGAGAUGAUGGUUUUCGGAGUUUUUGUGCGAAAGUUCAUUAUGGUAAUUUUUUGGGCAGGUGGCCUUGGAGCCUGAAAGUUUUGAAAUUUUCCGGGCCAGCAAACAACGUAAAGUGUUCUCAGCAGAAACUAAUGUUCUUUCAUCUGCCGAGGCAGCAGAACGCGUAGGGUGUGUGUGUGUGUGUUUGGGUGAGUGGCCACUGAAGGCGCCUCCAUCCUCGAUUGUGUUCUGUCGAAAUAUCUCGGUCCGAACAGGCGGGCGUUUGUGUUUACCCGCCGGUGAAAGUUUACCGAAGCAAGAUGGCGUGUCGGAAUGAAUGUCCUGCCCAGGUGUGCUUCCUGCUGCUGGCCGCUUUUGUACAUCUGGCAACAAGUGUUAAAGAUGUGCCCCUCGUCGCCAUGGAAGCGCUCGUCGGAGAGACAAUCUAUCUUCCCUGCAACAUCAGUACCCACGAACCAGGAGACAAUGUGGUUCUGGUUCUCUGGUACCGCGAAGAUAAAGGAUCGCCCAUCUACAGUGCCGACACCCGGGGCCGGGACGUGACAUCGGCCAAGCGGUGGUCCGACGAUUCGGUGUUUGGCAACCGGGCGUACUUCCUGUUCGACAAGCAACCGGGCGAACUGGCGGUCCAGAAUGCCCGCGAAACCGACGCCGGAGUGUACCGGUGUCGGGUGGAUUUUAUCGUAGCACAAACUAGGAAUAGCAUCGUAAAUUUAACGAUAAUUGUACCACCAGAACGGGUGGUGAUACGUGAUCAGCUCGGUGCCGAGCGGACGACGGUGGCGGGUCCGUACAGCGAAGGGGACAUCGUAAAGCUGCGGUGUGACGUGUACGGUGGACGUCCCACACCCACGGUCAGCUGGUACCGGGACGGUGUUCCACUGCUAGCCGAAACCAAGUACAUGACUCUAGGCAAGCAUCUCCGCAGUGAGAUCGUCCUAGGACCACUGACUCGACAGGACCUGCACUCGAAGCUGGUGUGCAAGGCCAAUAACCACGUACGGGCCAGUCCGGCGGAGCAGUCCGUCCAAAUCGAUAUGAACUUUGCUCCUUUGAACAUAAGACUGAUUGGUGCUCACCAGCCACUGUCAGCUGGCCAUCGAUACGACCUGCUGUGCCAAAGUGCGGGUUCUCGGCCUGCCGCCUCCAUCACCUGGUUCCUGGACGGAGUACGGCUCGAUAAAAGCAAGGAGACGACAUCGGCCGACGGCAACCAAACCACCAGCACCCUAUCGAUAAGUCUCAACCGUACCGAUGCGGGCAAGUAUCUGUCCUGCAAGGCGUACAACACCUACGUGCCGUCCGAUGCACUCGAGGAUGGCUGGCAGCUGGAUAUACAACAUGUUCCUGAUGCUUUCGUGCGCCUGGGAAGCUCACUGGAUCCGGACUCCAUACGAGAGGGCACCGACGUGUACUUCGACUGCAUCGUGACAGCCCAUCCCGCAGUCUACAAGGUCGAAUGGAAGCAUAAUAACAAAACACUGCCCCACAACAUAUCGCAGGGCGUCAUCAUCAGUAAUCACUCGCUGGUGUUGCAGGGAGUCUCACGCACCACCGCCGGAAACUAUUCCUGUGUUGGAUUCAACGCCGAGGGCGAAGGAAGCAGCCCCGUGUUCGCGCUGAAUGUGAUGUAUGCACCGACGUGCGCUCCCAACCAGCAACGAGUUUACGGCGUGGCCAAGCAGGAGAAUGCCGAGAUCCGGUGCAUCGUUGAUGCCAAUCCGCCCGAUGUGGACUUCAAAUGGACGUUUAAUAAUUCUGCCGAGAGUAUUGACGUACAGGCGAGCCAUAUUUCACGACUAGGAACCUCGUCUGUAGUAUCGUACACACCGAUGACUGAAUUAGACUACGGCACGUUGCUAUGCGUGGCCACCAACCGGAUCGGAAAGCAGCGGCAGCCUUGUGUGUUCCAUAUUAUUGCGGCAGGUCGGCCCGACCAGGUCCACAACUGCAGCCUGGCGAAUGUCUCCAUGACGUCACUGCAAGUUCGGUGCUUCGAAGGCUUCAACGGAGGUUUGGCACAAUCGUUCUUCCUGGAACUGCGGGACACACAGUCGCAAGAGGUGCGCUUUAACAACACCUCACCGGUUCCUCGGUUUGCGGUUCCGAAUCUGCACCCAAGCGCAAUCUACCAACUGGCCGUGUACGCAUUCAAUUCCAAGGGCAAAUCCGAACCGUACGUGAUGAGUGCCGCAACGCUACGACUUCCGGAGAAACAAAUGAACUCGGAGAAAGCAGAACGUCCCCGGUCGCCACUUCCCCUAACACCGACGCUCUCGAUUGCGAUCGGGCUCGGGGCGGCCGUACUCAUCGGAAGCUGUGCCAUUGUGUUGGCCCUGAAAUUUCCCUGCGGAGCGAACCGCCGGCGGAACAAGGAGACGGCCCAGAGCACCACGGUACGCACCUCCUCGCCCGGACCGAGCGACAAAAGUGUGGCCAGCAAGGACUACGACGGGAACGAGAGUGACGAGAAGAAUCCGGACGUUAUACCGGAUACAAUCGAUUCAGAUGACCAGAUGGAGUACAUCCGACGGCGCCAGCACAUAUCUACGAUUGACACCAGCAGCCCCAGCCGGUUGCUGUUGACCACGACGGCACAGAGCCAGAGCUUCAUGGGUUCGACGAUGGCCCUUCAGCACAGCAAUCACUCCGCCAAUUUGGGCUACUGUACGCUCCGGAACGGGGUGCCCCAACCGGCCGUGGCCGGUUCGGUGACCAACGUGUCCAUGAGCCAUGUGCCAAAUAGUUUCACCCACGCGGGAUCACAUGCCACCUGCACACUUCCGAGACAUCCGAUCGGUGCCGGAACGAUCAAUCCGGCCGGAGCCCAUCAUUGGCCUUCGUACGGGGGUACCAUCGCCGGUGUACGCAACAUGACCGCCAUCUCGGUAAGCAGCAGUCCCCAACCGGUGCCACCACCACCGUCCACGAUAGCCAUGCAGCACCUGGGAGGACCGCAGGGCCCGAGGGGGGCCCGGGUUUGCAUAGGACUACCGGAGGACGAUGUGUCCGCCGAUACGCCGCUCAUGGUAAAACGCGAAAGCACCGUAUGACUAUAGGAAUCUCACAGGGUCGGUGAUACGGCCCUGUGAGGCUCUCUUUCUCCGAGCAAUGGCACGAAAGCGCAGUGUCGCGGAGAUGCGAGGCACGAGACUUAAACAAUAAUUAGAUGUUUGUUGGAGGCACGGUGGGGAAGAAGGAGAUUAUUGAGUAUUCGGGAAGUUUAAAAAAAAAAUGGUAGAACCACUUUUCCCCACUUUUUUUCUAUCGGGAGGAACACACUAUUUCUUUGUUUGCGUUUCCAUUUCCGACUGUUUUUUAUAGUAGCACAACAGAAAUUAUAAAGUAAAAAAAAAAAAUAACGAUGUUAUUUAUCAUUAUAUCAUUUUGUGAUAUGAAAGCUGUGAAAUAAUCAAAUCAAAAAGCUCAAUUUUGAGUGUGAAUCAAUGCCGGAAGGCUGAAGUGGCUGAAUCGUGGCGCUUCGAUAGAUACUACUGAUAUUCCGGCCUUGGGCCGUAAAAGCAGAAGAAGCCGGAAAAGUAAAGCAAAAGAAAAAAAGCUGCCUACAGACGAAAUGGGCACAUAAAGCUAAUCUGUAAAUAAUAAUCUAGUUUAUGACCAAUACCCAAAUCUCCCCCUAAAUGGAUCUCGUGACUGUUGAAGAUACAGAAAAAAGAAAAAGAAAAGGGAGCGAGUAAAAAAAAACACUUACAAUUCAAACUAUAUAACCGAAGCUGGGGUGUCCUUGGUGUUGGUAACCACGAGCAUUGAUCCAGUUAGGAUGAGCCGAACUGGCAAAUGUUUGUAUAAUGACUGUUCAUAAACCAAUCAGUAGUUUUUUUUUAAAAGACUCUUUCGGCCGAUGCCAUGCCGGAAAACCACCGGAAAUUUGAGUCACAAUCGGAAAUCUUAAUACUUAAAAGGACAAGGUCACCCAACUUCAAGGUCACACGCCUGUAAAUAUGAAACAUGUAAAUAGCUAGAGGGGGCAAAAUCAUAGCUUCCGUCACAAAAUCCAUCCCCUCAGCAGUCGAAGGAACGCGUUUUUUCCCGCAUUUCAUUGGAUUAUUGCUCGUGAACGGAAGGGAAUAUCUGUCGCGACUAGCCGAGUCCUGCAUCCGGGGGUGGCAGCAAAAGACGAAAUAAAAGCAUGCUCCGGUUGAUUGGAAUUGGAUUGGGUGGCAGAAACGAGAGAAUGGAUACCAAAUCCAGUGAAGCUUUUAUUUCAUCUCCCUCGCCGGAAGUCCUCAGGAGGGAAACGUUAGCCAGUAUGUGUUGGAACGGUCGCCAAAGGGGAGGCGGAAGAUGAAGAAGAAAAGUUAAUUUAGUUUUAGCUAGAAAAUACAAUUUAACGAUGUGCCCGGAGGGUAGUUGACUGUGGGUAUGUGGUUUCGGAAAGCUCGGUAAAGGCGAAAAAGAAAAAAACUGAACCCUGAUGAGGCGGAACGAUCGGAACGAUCGGAACGCCUGGCGCUUGUUAGGAUUGUGAGUUAUUGUCUCUUUCGUCGUCGUCGUCGUCCUCCUCCUCCUCGUCGUCCGACGUGCACGGGUCAUAGGUGUUUAUGAUAUUAAGUGCACUUUUCCCGUUUGUGAAUUUAUGCAUUGACAGGAUUUACUGCAAACCAUUCCAAGAUUUACGGAUUGUGUUACAUUAACAACGAGAAGGUUGGUGUCUUCCGUUGCAGUGCACUUUUACGGGAUUCGUUCUGGUCCUUCCCAUGCUGAUCAACCUGGGGCUGGUAGAAGACAAACAAAAAAUGAAAACAACUUCCCGACUGGUGCUACUGCGGACAUUGAGUGACAUUUAUUUUUUCUACUACUGAAAACUUAACAGGAAAUCCUGGAGUUUUCCAUUUCUCGGUUGAUUUUUCAUUAGGGCGUUUCGAUUUUCUCUCUUUCGAUUUUUGUGAUGUGAUUAAAAAGAUUUUCUUUGAUAUCACUAUUUUGAUUUAAAGUCGAAAGUUUAGGGUAUCAUUUCAUGCAAAGAGUUGAGUGAUAAACGUGGAAACCGCUUGGUAAUUAAUAGAAGAGAAAGUAAACAAAGAGAAACUCUCACUUACUUAUACGCCCUUUUGAAAAUUUAACCGAGAUUUAUUUUUACUUCAAUAAACACAACUAGUCCAUCUGUAGAAACUUGAAUUGGUUUCCUUUUAUAACAGGCACACAAGAAAUACUUCGUGCAUGCAUAAUUUUGAUCCAGUUAACAGCUUGUCCGAAAAAGACAUUCUUUACGAUUAGGUCCAAUCUUUUGUGUGUGUAUAACCUAUCCCAACCCCCAGUGUCUAGUAACGGUUCACAGAAAAAAAAAGAUGUUUCCAUGUGUUUUGUUUAUGCAUGCAAAUAACUUGAAUCCAGGACUCAGGGAGGCAUUUACUCAAUCAAAUUCCGUUGACCCAUUUCGUAUGCAGAGGUUACCAUUCCGAGGUUACCGUUUCAUCGACUAGCCCCACCUAAAUGAAAUGUGUGCAUCAGAUGGAUUCAAACAUUACAGAGAGAGACUUUCGAUUCCUAGCAAUUGGCAACCAAUCGACGAGUAUUUAGUUUAUAUUCUUCAGUUUUGUAAGAAUAAUUAACAUCUUCUAAUUUUAUCAAUACGCGAGUUUGCAUUCAAUGUUUCAUUACUUACCUUUCAAACCUUCAGUCUUUUUUUUUCAAAUAAAAUUUUUAUUAGGCUCAUUUGCUUCAGCUUAACCUUCAGUCUUCUAAACCAAUCAAUUACACCCUUGAAACUUCAACAUAUUGCACACUUCUGAAUAUGUUUUCUAUAGACGCUCUUGCAUAGAGCACUAGCAAUGAGAAAAGAAUUAUUAUUUAUACACAAAAAGUUAUUCCUUAUUAUAUAAGGAUGAUAUGUAAAAUCCGCAUUUGUAAAUUGCAACGAAUGCUGCAGACGAAAAGUCCGCUGGAGUUGAAAUUUACAAUCUCUCUUUCGCAGCAGGCAUAAAACCUCCUCAUCUUUUCAAUAUCUACAGAUUACAAAAAUCCAACCGAUAUAUUGCUUAAUAUUAAGGGCUUAAUACGAAGUAAAAUUAUACCUUCCGGCGAGAAUCAAGAAUGGUUGUCUGCUGUCCGUGUGGGUUCGCGGGAAACACUCCCAAGUCAGGAACACUUGGCGGGUGGCCCACAUGCUGGACAUCACCGAGAGUGGCCCUGGGAGAGUGGUAAAUAAUAGCAAUGCAGGAAAAAAAGGAGAGAAAAAGAGAGAAGUGUAUGUUGCAGUAAAUGGCAAUACGAAGGGGUUCGAAGGGGAGAAGAAGGGGUUGUCAAUUUAACGUCACAUUACGGGUUUUAAUACAGUUGAGCAGUAGGACGUCAAGGCGAUAUACUUUACCUAUUUGAAGGAUUUUCAAUAACUUUCGCGUUUCAAAUGAAUUAUUACAUACAAACCAAAUCGCACCCUCUCAUUCUGCUACUAACGCAGAAGACGGUAGCACCCGCCGUUGACGCCGUUCUAUUGACCAAAUGUCAUCGUAGACACACACGGGGAGGCAUUCUAUAGAAACUUGUGAGCACUUAGUUAUCUCACUUUUUGACGAACCGCAAAUUGACAUUCAAUUUAUUUGUUCAGAAUAUUUCGCUAGACCGUUGUAUGAAAGCACAUGCCUUUAUGAAGUAAAUCCAUCAAAGAUUCACGCGUUUUUGGGCUACCUGUCACAAUUUAGUUUGAAAAGUUUGAAUUAGGGGUGAACUACGAUUAACAGAGUGAGAACAGACCGAAACUGUUCUUUUUCAUUUGCUGUUAUGAAUAACUCUUAUGUCGUUUUCACUUGAGAAACCUGAAACUGACCCAGAGUAGUUUCAUCAAACAAACACUUUUCACGAACAAACUGUAUUGAUUUUGUACUUAGCAACGGGAGUGUGAGCAAACCUGAUAUAAAAACCAGGUUCGAAACUGACUCGAUUUUCAGUUCAACAACGUUGAAACUAGGUUCAAAACAGACUUCAAACAAACGGUUUGACAGCAGUUGGAGUGGAAACUGGGUUAGGUUAGGUUAGCGAAAACGACAUUAGCGAGUGCUUAAUUGUUCGAAAUCGCUCUUCAAAAUGGAUGUUGGCCGGUGGUUUGUUAGCUGAUGUCUAAUAAAAAAAACAGAAGAAUUUUUUUCCCGUUAAUAUUGCUGUUGUCUUAAGUGAUAUUGAGGCAUAAAAUUUGUUCAGGAAUAAUAAUGAUGCAGUUACUUUCUGAAUAAGUAAGGAAAAUUGAAAAUUUGUUUGACGUGAAUACGUCUUACUUUACUAUGGAGCGCUUUUUCAAAAUGUACCUUCUCUGGGAGAGUGAUAAGUUAUUUGAGCCAAUUUGUUCUGAUUCCUGAACCACAAAUAAAUCAAAAUUAAAGAUUUCAAAAGUGUAUUGUAUCAACAAGUAUGAUCGGUUCUCUUAGAGUCUCCACCAUUUUUUACAAAAAAAUUACUACGAUAUUUUCUUCCUUUGGUGGAAAACUGGAAAACGGCUGUCUUAGUCUCAUAAAACAAACCAAUGUUGUUUACUGUUCGACGUUUCGGCCUUUGGUGUCGGCCUUUUUCAAGGAAAUUUGUAAAAUUUUACUGUGUUGUGUAUUGCCAAAAAAAUAAAGCGUUGAACAAAUAAUACAACGUAAAAACUUACUAAAGUCUAUCGUUUAUAGUCAAAAUGUCGAUUUCUGACACUACGUUGACUGGUACCAUUUUAGAAUAUACUUCAAGAUACUACGAAAACAAAUGGUCAUUUACAUAAAUACUGAAACAAAAAUUAUUCGUAACAACUCUUACUAUCGACUGCAUAACAAAUAUUUUGUUGGCAUAAAUUACGUACAGUGUCACAAGUUUUCCUUGAAAAAGGCCUACACCAAAGACCGAAACGUCGGACAGUAAACAACAUUCGUUUGUAUCAAGGGUGGAAAUAUGAAAAUUUUUUGAUUCACAAUAAAUAAAAAUAGUCAGUAUUACCUUAUCAUAUCACAUAUAUAUAUAUUGUAAAUAUUAUAAUGAAUUUUGAUAUCAUUUUUGAUAGGAAUAAUUUUGGUUUUACUAAGAAUUUAAAAAUGUCUUCAUCGUAAUCAGUAUCACUGUCUGAUUCGGAAUCAACAUUUCAACAAAUUUAGGCUCGUUUUAAUGCUACUCUCUGUUCAUUAACCAGGUUUGAAGUUCAAAUGGCUAUCACUUACGGUUCCGGUGAUAUAAUGGUAUAAGUGACGUAAACAUCCAAAUUGACUACCUCUCAAUUUUCUCGAAUAUGGGUUAUCCGAUAUCAAUAAUUUUAGGCUCGUGAGGUGAGUUUAUUUCAUCGAUCGCAUCGAAAUUCCAUGCUUCGUGACGUAUUUAAAAUUUAUUCAGUAAUACCAUCGUGAUGGAGUACAGCUACUAAUAUUAACAUACAUGCUGCGAUGAAUAAUAAUUAUAAUGAUAAGAAAAACAUGUUCAAUCAUAAAGCGUGCUACGAAGAAAGCGUACUACGCAGCUGGUUAAUAUUACCCUAUUUAGCUUGACACAGAAGUAACAGGAGCGCAGGAUUUAACAGGAAGUAACAGGAGCGCAGGAUUUUGCUACGCCAAUUAAACCACUACGCCUACUGCUGUGCUUCUGUAACUUCUGUGUAUAAUAUUCAAGCUAAAUAGUGUAAUAUUUUCACGCUGAUCGAAUCGUUCAUUUGACAUUUUCGUGCGCAAAAUGGGCUUAUUUCCACCUCUGAUUAGUUUUAUAAGACUGAGACAGCCGUUUUCCAGUUUUUCACGAUUAUAACCCCAGUGAAAAUCAAGUAUAACUUCUUCCUUUGGUAUUAGAGAAUCGUCAUUUCGCAUAUUGCCUUUAUACGCUAUUCGUAGCUCACGCAGAGCUCGCUCUGAUUUAGAGAACAAAAAUACGACAGUUUCUCUUCAAAUAAAGGCAAUUACAUCAGCUCCCAGUUGCUGGUCAUUUGCAUUGCAGUGAACCAUAUCGGAGACUGAACGAUAGAGGAAAUUUAACGCGCAAAAACAAGCGCGUAACUUAGGAAAUCCGCGUAAAAAAAAAACCACAAAAUUAAAAAAUUGUUAUGGCAAAAUGUCUUAGAAAUACAUGAAACGUCUAGACCUGGUGUAAUCUCAGAAAAAAAAAUUAUUUGAAAGAAAUCGUAAAUUUUCCAAGUGUUAGAGAGUAAAAAAGGCCUCAGUGUAUUGAAAUAUUCGAAUCGGAAGUGAAAAUAAUUAGUUUAGUGAACCAAGCUUCGCACCAAACUAUUUCAAAUAAAACCAAUAUUCAGCUGCUUUCAAGCUGUUCAAAAGAAAUGCAUUGUGUGUGUGUUAAUUUGAAUGCGUUUUAGUGACAUAAGGAUGUGCGAGUAGUGUCAGAUAUAUUAUUGUUCAAAAGAUCUGCAAUAAAUUAGAGAAAAUUAUACUCUACUACUCACGUCAAUCCGAUUAUGUCUCUGACAUUACCAACCCGAUUUUUUUUCUCGGUGGAAAAAGAUGAGUACAAGAGCUCAUAAACAGUCAGUUCCAUUGACUGAAAAUAGACAAAAAAUGACGCGCAAUAAAUGAACGAUUUUUAGUUGAAUCAAUUUGAAGUUGAAUUAGGCACUCUAGACCUUAUGUCCGUAUUUUUAACAAUCGGUUGUUGAUGUCGAGUAUUUCAUUUCGGAUUUGCAUAUUUCAUUAAAAGAAACAUUCCGAACACGAAACAGUUAAACGCCAGCUUUAUUUGCACUCGUGUGGUGCGAAUUUCGCACAACGAAAAGUGCACAAAGCUAAUCAAAUUACUCUAUAUUUUAGUGUAAAUCUGGUGAUUUUUACCUACGAUUAGCAAAGAAAGUAAUCCUAAUAGUUCUUUAGAUAACAUUUAGAGUCAUUAGAAUGGCUGAUUUUAUAUAAUGUUCCCCAUCGUUGUCCACUUCUCGUUUUCUUUUCCUCGAACGCAAACGAUCAGCAGCUGGAUGACAAAAUCGCUCUUGUUUGAAGCGAAAUUCACACUGCGAACGUCAAACAGCAGAUACGUAUGCUAACAGAAUAACUAGUUGUUGUUUUUUCUGUGUUUAGGCUUGAGGAACGGAAUCUCCAAUUUGCCAUUGACUGAAUCACCAGUUGAAUAAUACCGGGUUUAGUUCCACUGUCUUGACAGUAGAUGGCAGCCUGCGCUGUCGAUCUGUCUUCGUUAAUGGAUUAUCUUAAACUGAAGCUAGCACACGUGCAACAGAGUCUAUUAUUAGAUUCGGUCAAUUUUGAUGAUUCGUGUUUGAACCUAUUUUUUCACUAUUUAAACAAUCUUUUCUGAAAGUUAUUGUAAAAUGAAGUUUUUCGUUACAUUUUCAACAAAGUCAUGCCAUUCUUUUACAAAUAAACAUAUUUGAAUGAAGCUACCACAGAUAAUAGAUAAUACUAUAAACUUAGAAUUGUUGUACAAAAGUAGUGAAAGAAAUACUUUUUCAUAUUUUUUCUUAAAAUUUUUGAAACAAUUGUUUUUUUUAUGUUCAGAAAUUUUAAAAAAUCGGGAAAAGUAUAUCACAAUAUAAUAAAACGUAGUAGAAUCUGAAUUCAUUGAAAAAUUUGUGUGUCAGCAAUCGUUUUUUUUUAUCUAUCCUUUAUUUAUAUCCGGCUUUAACCUGAUUGCGGUGGUUCAUCGGUUCUACCAAUUUAUUCAAAACGUAUGACGAAAAGUAUUACUCGCGGCAAGGUAUUUCUAUACGCGCCGGGUCAAAGCUAAUGGAAUUUUCCAAUGCACGGUGACCAUUUUUAAUGAUCAAAUAGAACCAAAUUAUGAACACUUUAACAAAAAAAAAUGAGAGUAAUAUUUUUUUUUUACGAUUUUACGAAUUCUGACCCCAUUUUGAUUUGAUUUCGAACUGUUUAUGUGAGAAUCAUCGAAAGCCGAAAAUUUAUAAAGUCUGUGCUGUAACACGAAACACAUUUCCUGUGCCUAGCUGCAGUGGGAUUCAUCCAAAUGGUUGAUAAUUGGAUACUACACGGAAAGCCAAAUUUAUUCAGUAUAGUCCUGAAUAAAUACAUUUUCAACUAAGAGUUUACGAUAUUUUCACACAUCGGUUUAGAAAUUAAAAUUUGCGAAAAAUUUGCCAGCAGUGUCGACAAGACUAUCCGUUUUAGCUUUUUAAUGGAUUGUUUGGUUCGAGUCUCAUGAGUUUUUGGCUAAUGAACUUGUUAAUAAACCCAAUUUAAUUUUUGUUUUCUUUGUGCUGUCUUUCAGCAGUUAUGAUGACAGAUCGAUAGAGUCAAAUCAAAUAUACUAUAUAUCAAUAUGGAUCACUCUUGCGAUUCAAGAGGGACUUCACAGUAAAGUGUAUUCAAAUUUUGUAUUCACAGUAUUCAAAUUUUUUAUGAAAGUUUUGACAGUUCCCAGCAAGGGACAGAUCGUUUAGUAUGUGCACUUUUAAUUCAUAGACAAUUUAGAAAAAUGACAGUUUCCUUUUCAAUUUUUUCUUUCGCUGAGAGAAAAGAUAAUGUACAGCUAAUUUAAAUUCAAUGUCAUGAACGCAAUGAAAAAAAUAUCGCAAUCAAAGUAACUUGUAAUGCACCGUUCAUUUCAUUUUAAUUUUGUUGAUAUAUUCCUUACAUCAGAAGUGAUCUGCCAAACAUUGCCUUCACAGCCUAUAGGUUUUGUCUUUUCAGCGCUAUUUAUAACAUUCAUGAGCAAAGUUAAAUACUACUUCAUAACUCCGGAAAGUGAAGAGCGCAAUUCUACAUUAUUUAUAGGCGAUAUUUACUUUCGUCAGAAAAAAACACGUUUAAAUAUGAAAAUGUUCACACCUCUAUGUAGGCAUCAAUUAUUUUUGACAUUUCACUUCUGGUUGCACACUAAACGCAAACUAUUAAACAUGACUAACUAAUAGCCUUUUCCGUCGCGAGAUGGUGUUACUGUGAUGUGUUUUUUUUCGUUAAAGUGAUUCAUUAUUGAUAUAUAAUAUAUUUGGUCAAAUUUUCUGAUUUUAGUCACAAAAUUAGUUGCCAAUGAGAAUUUCGUGUUGGAUUGAAAUUUCGCUGGUUUGUGUCCAGGAUUUUCGCCAACGAAACACAUUUUCUAAAAACAAGAGUUUUUUUUCUGUUAAGUAAAUUCUGAAUAUCAACUAAUCUAUUAGUUAUUUUGGAAAUUUUGUUGUUAAAAUCAACUAAUUGAGAAACAGAAGUACAAAUUACGAAUAUAUUUGGCUAAUUUCGGUCGUUCCGUGCUCAAGAGAUGAAUCUGAUGUCGACUGUCGAUUGGUGAUGUUGAAUGUCCGAAAUGGUAUAGAUGUGACAUUAAAAGAAGACGUUUUUGCCCUGUUUUGUUUAGAGCUUGAAGGGCAGAUCGGUUUCGUAAAACGUUUCCAUAAUUGUGAUAAUGUUGCGUUCGAUCGAAAGAAAAACUUCGUGUCUCUGAACCGUUCUAGGCCUUUCUGUUGAAAACAAUUUCGUCCCGAUUGAAGCAUUUUUUGCCGAAAUACAGCACAAUGCUUUCGCCGGUAAUCAUUUUGGGUCAAAUAAAUGGGAAACAAAUUGGCCCAGUGCGACACAAUCAAAUCUUUUGCUACAUCUUUCUAGCGAAAUUACCCUCGUGAAGUUCACGAGGACAAUAUCGUACGGAUGGCUACUCUCGACAAAAGAGUAACUGGGACUCAGAAACUAGAAACCCACACCCACUCGAAAAAAAAUUCGCUCGUUGCUGCUUGCUCUUUUUCUUGCCCUGAGAACUUUUCAAGUCUUCGAGCUUCAAUCGCUUCAUCGAGCCCUUUCAAUCGACCCUCUUCGGCAAUGUAGGGAUAAUUUUUCAUUGUGCCCUUUUUUGCGCAUCAAAUCGUCCCCACAUGUUCAUUUCAGAUCGCUUCCAAUUAUGGUCUGGACCUCAAUCAAAAACCUGUCCGUUCGCCCUGUUGAUUGAUGAUGGCCACUGUGUUUGGGGCCUUUUCUGCUUGUAUGUUUACUUUGAACAUCGGUUGGCAUAACGUCAGGGCAGGACACCCACCCCCCAUCCGGGGGAAGACUAAGUUUAUCAAGAUUGCUAUUGCUUUCGACCACACCGAAUCACGCGAUUCACUUGACCUAGCUAGUGAUGUGUUCUUAUAAGAGCACUCAUUGGGAAACUUAGAACGGAAAGUUGGUACUAGAGAAAAACCAAAAUAAAAAAAAACCUUCCAAACAAUUUCAACCCGACCGAGUGUUCGCAGGAAACGAUGCCGUAGUAACUGAUUGAACUUAUUUUGCGGUUGUUUUUGGCAUCUCCUCUCGAGUCGCAGCGUCUUCCCGACCUUCCCGACCAAAACCUUUCCGAACACUCGAACAUUGCUUCUUGCCCUCAUUUGACCUGAUAGUGUUUUCACUGCAGAACGACGACGACGAUAGCCAAUGGGGAGAGAACAAAAAGAAAAUAUGAAGUAAAAUUUUCCACUAAGCUGGUCCCAAGCUGGGUGUGGUGUUCUUGGUUUUCCGGAAGCUUUCCUAAUCGAAUCAUUACGACGGCAGCUGGUGGUCAACCACUUCCAUGGGAUCGGAUAAACUUCCUCAAGUUUAUCGAGAGCGAUUUUGGUUGUGGCUUAUUUUGAAUAUUAAUUUGACCACAUCUCGCUGCUCAACCGGGACCGUUUCUUUCGCUUUAGAGUUUUGAGGUUAAACAAAAAAAAAAGAAGCAGGGAACAUGUCUGUUUAUUCGAAGAUAUGAUGGGAUUACCAAGGCGGCGACAACUUGUGAAAGGGAAUUCCAUCCACCUUUUUCUUUGCAGAUGCAAACCUUCAUGCAACAUCCACCCACCACAGUCAGCGAUUGUGCGCCAUCAAUCAUUCUGUCAUUGCGAGCAAUAGGGGGCUAGCGUGCGGUAAAUUACGGUAGCCGGCAUGUGGUGAUGCGAACAAGAGCUGGAGGGACGGUGGAUUCCAGAAUAAAUCAAAUAAAUAAUUAAAUGCCUUCGUUGAUGGGAUUUUCCCCUCCGGUUGAAUUCGUCGGUGUUCGGUUCAAUUUCGUUCAAAGAAAACGGUAGGAUUAUUGUUCCAUUAAACUAGACGUUGCGUCGUUUUCCAAAGUACGUGCCCGGCACUGGCAGCACUAAUGGUUUUCGUCUGAAGUUGUUUCCGUCUCUUAUCGUCCUGCUGAUAAACUGGGCUCCUCAUCAGGUGAACACGAAACUGGGCGGUAAUAUCAUAUUUCUUCGUUUGAUAAUCUUUUCUGCGCUAGCAGCCGGUGAGACUUUUCGUUUGAUCUUAGCCGUAAAUGGCGGAAAGACAAAGGACUCCAACCGGAAUCGUCGAAAUUGGGUCGAAAAAUUACUGCGAUUUUCGUCUCGUAUUUAAACUAUGGUGGUUUUAUUCGUUUUGAUUGUCUACACGCUUACUUUGACACAAAAUGGCGUUGUGCCUAAAACCGGCUGACGCCCUAUCAAAUUGAUUGAUAUGAUGUCAGUUGAAUGUGGCACUGACUUCAACUGACAUCCGUCAUACAUCGGCCAACGUUUUCUUUCUUCAACUACUCAAUUUUCGGGUAAAUAUGAUUUUUGCCAAAUUCGGUACCAGUUUUGAACCAAGUGAAGAAGAACUUCCUAUUUUUGUUGCAUCGCUACAUCUAAUGUUUUCUGUAUUUUCUGAACUAGAAGUUGGAUCUCUAUUAAACGGAAUACAAUACGGCUACCUUUCAUCUGAAGUUCAUGAAAUAGGCCAAGUAAUAUCGGAGAAAUCGGUGCGAGUUCCAUUCUGACCAGUGCUUCAAGAACUGGUAAAGUCAAAUGGCCACUUCCGAAACGAAAUUCUGGGUACGGAUCAGGAAAGCUGUCAAUGUUACAUACGUUGUCAACGUUUGGCUUCCAUUUAGACUGCGUUCCUUUCACCUCAUCUAGCCAGAGAAUAAAUAUAGUCGGUAACUUAUUUAUAAUUAGGGUAACGACUCCAGUAAAGCAAUUCUACGCCGAAUUGUUCAGAAAUUGCAAGAUUCUGGCACGACCCCCUGCGAUUUGCAUGAAAAUUUUCGUGUGUAUGUUUCACUGGUUGAAAGAUUUUUUUCACUCAAGACUAAUUUUUGAAAAUGGCGUAUGUGUUUUAAUCCACAUUGUUUUUAAGAAACGUUCUACAAAAAUUGUGUCUGAGAAGAAGGGCUAGGUAAAUAAUGGAAUUUGAACAAUACGGGUGGCUAUUGUCAAAGACAAAACUGGAUGUCGUGAACUCGAAUAAAAUGGACACGUCUUCUCCGCACUUGCAAAUAUCAGUUAAUUGAUCGAUUGUGUGAAUGGUGUAAGCAUUCCCCUUCUUCACUACUACAAUUUGAAACGAUGUAUCUGCACUAAAGUACGGAUAAGUUACAUCAAACAUUCUGAUUCACAAUUAAAUAUUACGAAGUAAUUUUUAUAGUUUUUUUCUAAUAAAAUAAUGGAAAGAACAUUUUACGAAGGCGUUCGUGUUAAAGAGAGACGAGUUGAAUUCGAAUUCCGAUGGAUGCCGAUGUCUUCCGUCAUCUAUUUCCAAGCUGACCUGUUGUCCAUGGAUGAGAUACUGAUAUGUUUGAAUUAGAUAUAGCGUUCACAAUCUAUUGUUAUCUUCCAAUU